GGAAAUGCCUAUCUCUGGAAUUCGUUCACUCCUGGCAGAGAGAGAGAGAGAGCACAAGGGAGCGAGGUGCAUGUCUCACCGCAUGUGUUCCUCGCAUGCGCAUCCUCGUUUUUCCUUUGACCACUCACGAGCGACUUUGGAUAUGAAACACCAGACGUACCUGUGUUUCAUAUUCAUCCGAUCCAAAGAUAAAGUGAGUGAUCGAGAAGCAGCUAGCGGGACGGACUCUUCCGUAUUCCUUGAUCGCCCUGCUGAAAUCCACGAGACGUGGGAGGCGAGUUCCCGCUCGCCCGAUCGCCUCACGCUGCCUGCACCAUCGUCGUCCUUUCUGACAGAUGCCUCAGAGAUGAAAACGCGACGCAAGUCUUGGAUUCUUCAAAUGACUCGGGAGGCAUACAUCCCUGACAACAUCCUCGUUUUCGUCCUGACUUCUAGGGCGUUUCCAGGAUCUCCACUCAACCCUCACUUCAGGACUGAACGAAUUUCUCUGGCACCAAACAGAAAAGCAAUUUACUAUUAUGCACAUAUGAGAUGAGAGAGAAGGAAUCUCAGCGAGAUCAUGAGUAUUUAAAGUAAUAAACAGUUUGUAGGAUUGAUAUGUAGUCAAUGCUUGACCAUAUUCUAUUGUUACUGACUCUUAAAGUCAUGAUUCAUAAACACUGAGGGGC